CACAGAUUUCAGUCUCACUCUGUCUCUCUUCCCCCAGCAUGGUCUUCCAAAACCUUGCCCUCGUUGUCCUCAGCGGCGUCCUUUUUGCGUCUGCCCUUCCAGAGCCUUUUGUCAGACUUGAUGCAGAGUCGCUUCAGCGACCUCUUCAGUCCACAAAGGCCCAUGUCCAAAAGUUCGUAUCGGACGGGGAUGGACCGCUAACGUCCGAAAAUAAGACCAUCUACGAGGCGAUCACAGGCGAUCCAAGGUUCUCUCGCCUCACUAAAGCCAUCAAAUUCAGCAACGAUAUCAUUGAUCAAUUGAAUGAUUCUUCGUCAAGGAUCACCUUUUUCGCUACGCCUGACUGGGCGUUGCGCAAACCCGAGGAAUCUGCACUCCAGGGUCUGUUUCGCUACGACGGUGACGUCAUGCAGGCGCAACCAGAAAUGUACGACUUGUCCACGGCCAUCCAUGCGUAUGAGGAAUUAGCUAACAUUGAGUCUUUCCACGAUGACUCGGAAAAGAAACGAUGGAAAAGGUUCCUCAGAAUGCUUGUCCGCGUCAUUUUGUCCUAUCAUAUCAUUCCUGGCCAAGUGGACACUCAGAAGCUCUCUGAGGUAUCGACUUAUCCGACUAAUCUUUCUCUGCACUUCGCCAUGCACGACGAGCCGCAGCGUAUACGGGUGGAGAGCUCUCUUAUCCCUCCUAGAACGACUGUCAAUUUCUACAGCAAGGUGGUCAGUGCUAACACAAAGACGGCGAACGGUUUGAUUCAUGUGGUUAAUCACCCGCUUAUUCCUCCUAUUACAGCCUUCCGGGAAUUGUACAUGGCCCCUUCAAUGUAUUCCAUCUUUACAUCUGCCUGGCAACGAUCUGGUCUCACUGACGAGUUGGACUUGCGCUGGGUCCAUGGAAAAGGAGACAAGAAAGGACAUAUCGAGGGCACUUCUGUAGCCACGGUUUUCGUUCCUUCCAACCAUGCUUUCGGAUUACUGCCGAAGCAGCUGCAGUAUUACCUGUUUUCUCCCUUUGGUGCCCACACCCUCAAGAAAUUGUUGCGAUUCCAUGUCAUCCCAAACCUCAGCCUUCACACAGACUACAUCUAUAAUGCUUCUUCUCAUCACAAGCACUCCGUCCCGAGAGUGUACCGCACAGAGGAGACGUACGAUGAUCCGUUGGACCAAUUCCUUGCAGAAAUAAUUGAUACAGAGGAAUAUUUCGUCGCUAAUGGAUACAGCGAGUUGAUUUCAUCGUUCAAUGUCACCGCGCUUACCCUCCUUCCUAAACAUCCGAUCACCAUCAACAUCAUGAAGUACAACGUGACAUUGCCCUUCCCGGGGCCACGUCGGCCUCAUCAUAUCAUUACAAAGAUGUAUGCCAACGGUCAGCGUGUUGCGGUUCCUGACAUUGUAGCCUUGAAUGGUGCUAUGCAUAGCAUGGGUACACUUUUGGACCCCAGGAAGACAGGGCACGAUAAUGGUAGGGUAACUGAUUGGGAGGGUUGGGAGGAUUGGCUGCCUAAGUGGGCGAUGGAAGUUUGAAUAGUUUGUGUAGGUCGAACAGCAUGUGUAUGAUAAUAAAGUCAAGAAGCUUGUGAUUCGGUGGUAUCG